CAUCAUUUAGGAAGUCAGUACUGAACUUGUACAGCCAAGCAAUUCACGUCCUCAGUAUGCAGGCUUUGAAAGUCGUAGUCGUUCUUGGACUCGUCGCCAGCUGCCUUGGCGUCGAGGUCUACGGAGGUCUGUCUACUUAUGGUGGUCUUGGCUACGGUUACAGCAGCCUCGGUCAUGUACUCGGUGGUGCUGUUGCUUCCCCAGCUGUCGUGAGCCACGCUGUUGCUGCUCCAGCUGUGUCCUACGCCGCCCCAGCCGUUAGCUACGCUCGUUACGCCUACGCCCGCCCGGCUGCUGCCGUCGUUGCUGCUCCGGCUGUCCACACAGUUGCUGCCGCUCCAGCUGUCCACGCUGUCGCUGCUCCAGCUGUCUCCUACGCAGCCCCAGCAGUGAGCUAUGCUCGUUACGCCUACGCCCGCCCAGCUGCCGCCGUCGUCGCUGCUCCAGCUGUCCAAACAGUUGCUGCCGCUCCAGCUGUCCACACUGUCGCUGCUCCAGCUGUCUCCUACGCAGCACCAGCAGUGAGCUAUGCUCGUUAUGCCUACGCCCGCCCAGCUGCCGCCGUCGUCGCUGCUCCAGCUGUCCAAACAGUUGCUGCCGCUCCAGCUGUCCACACUGUCGCUGCUCCAGCUGUCUCCUACGCAGCCCCAGCAGUGAGCUAUGCUCGUUAUGCCUACGCCCGCCCAGCUGCCGCCGUCGUCGCUGCUCCAGCUGUCCAAACAGUUGCUGCCGCUCCAGCUGUCUCCUACGCAGCCCCAGCAGUGAGCUAUGCUCGUUAUGCCUACGCCCGCCCAGCUGCCGCCGUCGUCGCUGCUCCAGCUGUCCAAACAGUUGCUGCCGCUCCAGCUGUCCACACUGUCGCUGCUCCAGCUGUCUCCUACGCAGCACCAGCACUGAGCUAUGCUCGUUACGCUUACGCCCGCCCAGCUGCCGCCGUCGUCGCUGCUCCAGCUGUCCACACUGUCGCUGCUCCAGCUGUCUCCUACGCAGCCCCAGCAGUGAGCUAUGCUCGUUACGCCUACGCUCGCCCAGCUGCCGCCGUCGUUGCUGCCCCAGCGGUCCACACUGUCGCUGCUCCAGCUGUGUCCUACACUGCCCCAGCUGUUACCUACGCUCGCCCCGCUGCUGCAGUCGUUGCUGCCCCAGCUGUCCAUACUGUAGCUGCUCCAGCUGUCUCCUACGCAGCCCCAGCCGUCAGUGUUGCCCGUUACAGCUACGCUCGCCCAGCUGCCGCCGUCGUCGCUGCCCCGGCAGUGCACGCAGUCGCUGCUCCAGCUGUCGCCUCCUACGCUGUUUCUGCUCCAGCUGUCCACGCCGUUGCUGCUCCAGCUGCCGUGACCACCACUGUCCACCACGCCGCUCCAGCUGUUGCCACACUCGGCUACGGUCAUGGUCUCUCCUACGGUCUCGGCUACGCUGGUCACGGCUACGGCCUCGGCUACGGUUAUGGUCUUGGCGGAUACAACUAUGGUCUUGGCGCUCACUACUACGGUCUCCGCAAGAAAUAAGCUCAUAUCUGGUCAUUACGCAGGAACCCUUUGUACAUCUACGCGCCUGGAAGGUUGCGGUCACCGCGACGCAUUCUCGAACGAAUGAUGUAAGACGAAUAAAAGAGGACGUGAAUAUGCUAA